GAGGUCUCCGCGCCGGCCGUGCGCGCGGCUCUCGGAGCGCCAGCAGCUCCCCUGCGCGGCCCGCGCCCGCCCGGCCGGGGCUCCCGGGCUCCCGGGCUCCCGGCGCCGCCCCUCGGCGACAUGGGCGUCCCGCUGGGCCCGGAGGCCGGCGGCCGGCGCUGGGGGCCUGUGCUCCUCGCCGUCUUCCUGGCCGCCUCCCGAGGUCUGGUAGCAGCUUUCAAGGUCGCCACACCGUAUUCCUUGUAUGUGUGUUCUGAGGGACAAAACGUCACCCUCACCUGCAAGAUCAUGGGCCCCAUGGCCAAAGGGCACGAUGUGACCUACUACAAGACGUGGUACCGCAGCUCGCGGGGCGAAGUGCAGGUCUGCUCGGAGCGCCGGCCUAUCCGCAACCUCACAUUCCAGGACCUUCACCUGCACCACAGUGGCCACCAGGCCAACACCAGCCAGGAUCUGGCCCAGCGCUAUGGGCUGGAGUCGGUCUCUGACCACCAUGGCAACUUCUCCAUCACCAUGCGCAACCUGACCUCCAUGGACAGCGGCCUCUACUGCUGCCUGGUGGUAGAGAUUAGACACCAUCACUCUGAGCAGAGGGUCUACGGUGCCAUGGAGCUGCAGGUGCACACAGACAAAGAAGCCUCAUUCCAGUGCAUCUCGUACCCACCUUCACCCAGGGAGAGUGAAAGCAUCACAGCUGCUGCUCUGGCUACAGGAGCCUGCAUCGUAGGCAUCCUCUGCCUUCCCCUCAUCCUACUCCUCGUCUACAAGCAAAGGCAGGUGGCCACCAACCGCCGUGCCCAGGAACUGGUGCGGAUGGACAGCAACAACACGCAAGGAAUCGAAAACCCUGGCUUUGAGAUCUCUCCGUCCCCCCACGGCAUGCCGGACGCCAAAGCCAGGCCUCCACUGUCCUACAUGGCUCAGCGGCAGCCGUCCGAGUCUGGGCGGCACCUGCUCUCUGAGCCCUCCACUCCUCUGUCUCCACCAGGCCCUGGGGAUGUCUUCUUUCCAACCCUCGACCCUGUGCCUGACUCCCCAAACUCUGAGGCCAUCUAGACCAGCUGGGGCCAGUGGCAAUUGUGGCUGGGCCCGGGGCAGGUGCAUCUGAGGCAGAGCUGGCCCUCUGAGGGGUCCUCUUAGCCUUGGUCCCAGCCUUGGUUUCCUCCCUUCUUGCUCUGAGCCCAGACUUUGAGAUAUCUCUGAUGGCCAGACCCUCAACUCCUCUGAGUGCUACAGGGCAGAAAGGAGAAGGUGUUGGCUCUCUCAGUCCCCGUCUCAAGGGUGGUGGAGUGCUGAGAUCCCACCCCAGAGACCCAAACUUCACCAGCUACAAAUGCCAAAUGGCCUACAUCCUAGAAGCUCAAGAGUUUCUAGCCCAUGGCAGCUUCUCUCCCUGGGACAUGAGCUUUGUGACCUGACAGCACAGGUGGGACAAGAGGGCACCGGACAGACGCCCCCACCCCCACAUUCACCCAGUGCCAUCCUCCCAGGCUUGAGACACAGGACGAGAUGUGGAAAAAGCCAGCUCCCCGAUCUCGCCUGAGGCUGUUCAUCUGUCGGACUCUUUCUUUGUAACCCUGGGGCUCCGGGGCUGGGCUGCCUGCCCUGGGGCCAUGGGAGUCUUGGCGAGCUGUCUGCUACUAGCAAGUGGCUAACAGGUUGAGCAAAUCUGGGCUCCUGCUGCCUGUCCUCUGGUCCUCAGAGUUCACUGGCCUGGGUCCCUGAAACAGGAAGUGCACACCAAGGCACAGUGGCCACUGUGGGCCAACUGGCAUCUUGGGCAAUGGGGGCCAGGCCAGAGGUUGCACUCUCCAUUGCAGAGGGGGGUAAGGGAGGGCAGGUGGAGCCUGCUGGGAAGAUGAGUGGAGAGGCCCCGCCUCCCGCCCUCCCCUUUCCACCGGACAGCAUGCUCAGUACAGAGGGUGACCACAUACUGUAUUGUCUCAACUGUGACCCUCCAGGGGAAAGAGGGGGUGCCAUUAAAAUCUCCACGGGCAACAAGUGCAAACCCUGUGAAUAGACUGUAGAUGCUGGGUUUUAAUCCCUGCUCUGCUUCCAGGAGGGCCUGAGGUCCAAGGAGCACCUCUCCCCCUCCAGCUCCCAACCCUCCCCUCUGCCACCCCCCCCCCCCCCACUCCAACUUUGGUCUUCCAUUUGAUUUAAUCUGUGCUGAGUCUUCACCUCACCGCAGAGUGACCCUGUCAGGUGAGCAUGGACAGGGAAGGGUCUGUGGCACUCUGCUCUGGGCCCUCUGCUACAUCUCCUGCUUCAGGGCAUGUCCGGGAUGUGUUUUUAUGGGAGGGGAUCCUUUGUGGAAUUCUGAUUAAAGGGUUUUAAAACAGGGAGAGAGGUGGGGGGCCUCUGCAUACCCUGGGGUGCAGAGAUGGGGGCCCAAGAAGGGAAGGGGUGAGUUUGAGUGGGGUAGGGGCCCAGGCACUGCACUGAGGAGGGCGUUCAUCUGCCAGCAGCCUACCGGGGCUCUGCUGAGCUGGGCCCGGGUGCCCAGAGCCAGGACUUCAGGCCCGCAUAAGGGCCCAGCAGGCAGGGAGAACCUGCUGGAUUGCCUGGUGGUCGGGGAGACAGGAGCUGGGGACUGAAGAAAGCAGCUCUAGGCUCUCCAGCAGCAGUGAGAGCCCCCAGGCCUGCAGCUAGAACCAGGCAAAUCCCCCUGGAUGCAUGGCAUUGCUUCCAAAAGCCCCUGUCAGGCCCAAGGGCAUGGGCCAGUGUGGGUGGCCUGCUAUGCCUGGGGGCCUCAAGGUAUGGAUGGGCCUGGGCCUUGAGGCUGCCCGGAAGCCUCCAGUACACCAAAAUCCUGGCUCCCGCUAUAUCCCUGGGGAGUACCUCUCCUAUUUCACCUGCUGCCAGGGACACUCAGUGCUGGCUGCCACAGAAAGAGGGUGCUGCUCUAACAGCCCUUGGGGGCCCAUGGCAGGGAUGAGUGUGGUGACCCUUGCCCAAGGCUGAGCUGGGUCACCCCUAAGAUUGAAGGAGGAGACUGCAGACCAGACUCUCCAUCCCCCAGCUCAGGAAGAGUGCUCCUGCCCUCACAGGAGGCCUGGCCCAGCCCUCAGCUCCUGACCUCGAGGCCGAGGCCUAUAGAAUUUCUAAGAAUUUGGCUGCAGACCCCAAGCCUGGCUGAGGCUGUGUGGAGGGAGGGAGGAGGGCCCAGAGCAAAAAGCUACCACACUUCCUCCCCAGCUUCCUCCUGCAUGGCCUUGAGCUCUUCUUCUUUGGACUCUUAAAAGUGAACACAUUUCAGCUUCGUGGUUUCCUGUUUUCACUGAAAUUUACGCUGAGCUCCAGGCUCCAUCUGCAUCCAUGACCACAUGCUCCACCGCUAGAAGCCUUAAGGCAUCCUCCCUGCUGCUAGCGAGGAGGGCAGGAGGCUGAGUGGCCUCCCCCCUGCCCAUGCCCCUGCUUGCCUGGGGGUGGCGGUGCCUCAGGAGAUGCCUGACCACCCUGGGGGCUGGUCCCUGUGGGCCCUAGCUCAGUGCCCAUGGGCUGGGUGCCCAGAGUAGAGCAGGGGAGGGGGAUCACUGUGCCUGCUUCUGCUGGGGCUGGGAGGCUCACAGAUCACAGCACCCACUGAGGCCCUCAGAAGGAAAUCUGUGCUUUCAGGCACUAAUCAUUAAGAGAUAUAUCAGGUCCCUCAGGGACCAUCAGGGCCAUCGUUCCUGUAACCUUCUGAAGUCUGCAUUUUAUAAAGACAGCCAAGAGAUGGGACGCCUGGAUGGCUCAGCGGUUGGGCGGCUGCCUUUGGCUCAGGUCGUGAUUCUGGGAUCUGUGAUCGAGUCCCACGUUGGGCUCCCUGCAUGGAGCCUGCUUCUCCCUCUGCCUGUGUCUCUGCCUCUCUCUCUUUGUGUCUCUCAUGAAUAAAUAAAUAAAUCUUUUUCUUAAAAAAAAAAAAAAAAAAGACGGCCAAGGGAGAGGUUAAGGGAAUGGAAUCGUCACUCCCUGAAAACAUGCCAUGGAAGCCACUGGGGAUGCUGCUGUUGGGUCAGGCUGGGAGGUCUGGGCCAAGGGGUGCUGGGGUUGGUAUGUAGGAAUGUUUGCCAGGGGCAGGGGGUCCAACGCACCACCUUUUCCAGGGAGUACUCUAGGGUGAGGGCCUCGGGAAGACAACCUGUAGAGGUCCAGUCACUCUCCACCACAGCUGGGGCGCUGCCUGCUGGAAGGGGCCUUCCUGGGGGUCAGCUGGAGUGCCCAGGCUGGUCUGUGAUUACACAGCAAUGGGCAGAAAGGGGCUGGGACUGCCAGCCAGGACACCAGGUGCAGAGGCCUCUCGAGAAGUAGACAGCCCAGCUCCACAUGAGUCCCAGCCCACAGUGGACACCGGCCAUGUAGCCCUUCCACUGGGCACUCACCGUGCCUGUUUGGCAGCAUCACCCCUCUUUCCUGUACGGGUGCGGCCUCCCUACCUACUCUGAGUGCAAAAAGGUCUGCGGCUCCAGUAGCAGCCUGUCCUUCAGACCUAGUUGCACAGCUGACAACUGAAGCAUAGCUGCGGGGUGACGGGUUGAACCAGGAUGCCAGGGUCCUGUUCUCUGGACACUCCCAGGGCCCCCCUCUGACCCUCCACCAGCUCUAGUGCUUAGCAGCUCUGCCUGUGAUUAGUGGGAUCUCCCCAAGAGCCCUGAGCUCGUUUGGGCCGGCGGGAGGCGGGGGGGCGCGGAGGUUUCAUUUCAUCUUGCAAUUCUGAUCCAGUGGCAAGACUUCCUCAAAUAUAUGUUGGGAGGGAUUCUGAAAUAUCGAUAUAGCUUACUGAGAAAAUGCUGACUUGAGCGCGCAAUGCGCCCCGGGCACAUGUUGGAGAAGUGGCAGCUGGUGUGCUAUCUCUUUGCCUUUUCUGUUACGAUACUGUGUUUUCCAAAAACAUUUACACAUGUGUUAUUGCCUUUUUUUUUUUUUUUGAUUCCCCCUCCCCUACCAGAGGCUUUAUUGUAUCCAUUUAAUGCACAGGAAGAUGAGACUCCAAAA